AUGAUUGAAAUUAUUUGUAACGAUCGUUUGGGUAAAAAAGUACGUGUUAAAUGUAAUCCUGAUGAUACUAUUGGUGAUCUAAAAAAAUUGAUUGCUGCUCAAACUGGUACAAAAUCUGAAAAAAUUGUUUUAAAGAAGUGGUAUAAUAUAUACAAAGACAAUAUCACUCUUGCUGAUUACGAAAUUCAUGAUGGCAUGAACAUUGAACUUUAUUAUCAAUAA